CCCUUUUCCAGUACAGAGUCCAUCCUGCACCCAUUUCCGCAUCUCUAAUGGGUUUGUUUUUCGUGCCCUUUAUAUAUCAUUAAUUAUCUAUUUAUUGUUUUUUGUAAUUUUCUACUUUCCCAUCUGUUUAAUUAGCGGCAUUCCUGCAUCAUGUUAUCUCGACUUGCUCGUCAGAAACAUGCCUUAUUUUACCUCCGGCAGUCAAAUGGGCGCCGGGUGUUGGCAUCGUCAACAACAACACGGCUACACUCCCAUUCGAGUCGACCAAUCUCUCUAGCCAAUACCUCUUUGAACACUUCGCAGGAACGCCCCCGUCGCCCAUCCUUCCAGUCGAACCGAAACCUUGCUACAACCGCAGACCCGGCCACAGUCGAUCAGGGAUCCUAUAUUCCCCUGGAAUCCAACCCAAACACCUACGAUCCAUCGGGGCAAUGGUCGUCCAUGUACCCACCGCCUGCGCAGGACUUCGAUCCUUCGUCGUUAAUCAUUGUGAACGACUUCCUGCAAACACGACCAAGAAUUCUCAAGAAGGCGAAAGGAAUUGGCGGUGAUGAAGAGGAAAUGAUGGCAAAUCUGGAUAUUUCCCUGAAGGUUGGGCAGUUCGAUCGAGCUGCAGCUCUCAUCACUCGAAUGGGCCAAUACUUCCCUAUCGGUUCCCCCGAGUAUCUCGCUCUACACAAUCGUUUUUUGGAUGAAAUGGUCUCUCACGUGAUCAUAACAAGGCAAGACAACAUGGUUCUACGACUGCAAAGAUGGUUUGAAUAUGAUAUGCCCAAUGGAGAUGUGAAACCGGACACAACAACCUUUGCGAUUAUGAUACGGAUGGCUUUGCGCAUGUUGCACGGCCCCAAGCGUGACCGAGCAGUGCGGCGGUAUUGGGGAAUGGCCAAGGAAAACAAGGUUGAGGAUGAGGUCCUGGCGGUUCCUGUUCUCUCUGAAUUAGAACUUGGUGAACUCUCUGAGAUUUGCUCAGAUGACCUUCAGCGGGUUAUGGGUUACGCAGACCUGGAACCCUCACCCUCAGAAAUCGAUAAUACCCCAGAAGUGAAAGGUGUAGACCAGAAGGGUCUUGGUCUUUCUACACUGAAAGACUCUCUUUCUCCAUUUAUGGGCAAUUCCAAUAUCCCCGUUCCUUCGAAUCCCGAGUACACAGAAGAGGAGAACAAGGAAUUGCAUCGACAACUUCGACAGCAGCAAAUUGAGGCCAGUUCUAUCAGUUCGUCCUUGGAACGCUGGCGUCAGGAAUAUGGUGAGAGACAAAAAGCAGGCAUUGAUUCCACUGGGGGUGGGAAACGGCUCGGCCACAUCAUGAACCAAUGGCAUACUAGUCUUGCAACCAGGAUUCAGGAAGAAAUCAAACUCAUGGAACAGGCUGAAAGCAACCCUGUUCGGACCCGUGCAGACAAGGAGCGCUGUGAGUAUGGUGUGUUCUUGAAGACUCUUGACACAGACCGCCUGGCUGCACUCACUAUCCUCGCUGUCAUGUCAACAUUUAGCCGAGGCGGCAUGGAAAAGGGUUUAAAGCUCUCCGCAAUUGUCUCGACUAUUGGUAAAGAUCUCCAAGAUGAAUUGAUAGCAGAGGCUACUUUGAAAGAAGCUGGAUCCGAUGCUCGGCGCAUUAAGGCGCUCAAACAGAUUUUUGCGGGACGCAAACAAAAAGAGAACAGAAUGCGAUGGCAGAACUUGGUUCAAAAUCAGCAAAAAGAGGAUCCCACAGUUGUUUGGCCGCCUCGGGUGAUUGCGAAUGUCGGGGCUGUUCUAAUGAGCUUGCUGUUCGAGGUUGGAAAAGCACCUGUUAUGGUUGAGAAUGCGGAGACAAAAAAGAAAGUACUCACCAUGCAACCCGCAUUCCAGCAUGCCUACCAAAUCACUUGGGGUAGACGUUCAGGACUUAUCCAUUUGCACCCUGCAAUUGUGAAAAUCCUCACGAAGGAGCCGACUGCUGACCUCUUGGGUCGACAUUUGCCCAUGGUCUGCAAGCCCAAGCCGUGGAAGGGUGCAAAGGAAGGAGGAUACAUGCUCUACCAAACAAACAUCAUUCGUACAACACCGGGUGAGACCUUACAGCCCGCUUAUAUUAAAGCUGCUUUGGAAAACAACGGUCUCGAGCAGAUUCGUGCAGGCUUGGAUAUUCUCGGCAGCACUGGAUGGGUUAUCAAUCGGAAUGUCUUCGAUGUUAUGCUUGAGGCAUGGAAUUCUGGUGACCCUGUUGCCAGCAUUGCUCCAUUGGAGCCAGAUUUGCCACUGCCCGAAAAGCCAAGUCCAGAACAGGGCUACGAGGCCGAAAAGGAGUGGGAUAACCAGAUGCGCGACAUUGAGAAUCGCAGGGCCGGUUUGCAUUCGCAGCGAUGCUUCCAAAAUUUCCAGAUGGAAGUUGCCCGCGCCUACAGAAACGAGGCAUUCUAUCUCCCCCACAACAUGGACUUCCGUGGACGCGCUUACCCCCUCCCUCCGUAUCUCAAUCAGAUGGGCGCAGACAAUUCUAGGGGACUUCUUUGCUUCAAAGACGCCAAGCCGCUUGGAGCCAGUGGCUUGAGAUGGUUAAAGAUCCAAAUUGCUAAUCUGUCUGGUUUCGACAAAGCUAGUAUGUCAGAGCGUGAGCAAUUUGCCAUGGAUCAAUUGGACAAUAUCCUUGAUUCCGCAAACAAUGGCCUACACGGCAAACGGUGGUGGCUCAAGGCAGAAGAUCCAUGGCAGUGCUUGGCGGCCUGCUGCGAGCUACGAAAUGCCCUUCGCUACUCCGACCCUACCGAAUACCCUUCUCGCUUGCCUAUCCACCAGGAUGGUUCAUGUAACGGACUUCAACACUAUGCAGCUCUUGGCGGUGACAGCGCUGGUGCCCAGCAAGUGAACCUCGAACCAUCAGACCGCCCAUCCGACGUGUAUACUGGUGUCGCUGAGUUCGUCAAAAAAGCAGUCGCGCGCGAGGCAGCCGCAGGUAAUCAGACCGCCAAGAUUCUAGAGGGAAGAAUCACCAGAAAAAUUGUCAAGCAGACGGUCAUGACAAACGUCUAUGGUGUGACCUUCAUGGGAGCCAUGAGGCAGGUGCGCAAGCAGCUUAUCGAUCAUUACCCCGAUCUUUCUGCCGAAGAGAAAAAGAACGGGGCUUUGUAUAUUGCUCGCAAGAUCUUCGAGGCUCUUGGAACAAUGUUCAACGGAGCCCACGACAUCCAGUACUGGCUUGGUGAUUGCGCGAGUCGUAUCACCACUUCGUUGUCCCCUGAUCAGAUUGAAGAGAUUGCCAAGGAGGCCUUGACACCCGCUAAGUCUUCCAAUGGGAUCAAAGAAAAGAUUAAAGAUCCUUCUGAAAAGUUCAGGUCCACCGUGAUCUGGACAACACCACUGGGUCUUCCUGUCGUUCAGCCAUACCGUACUCGCAAGGCUCGACGCAUUGCCACCAGCCUGCAGAAUCUGAGCAUUGUUGACUCAAAUUCCGAUGAUGUGGUGUCGAAGCGCAAACAACUUCAAGCCUUCCCUCCCAAUUUCAUCCACUCGCUCGAUGCCACCCACAUGAUAAUGUCCGCCAAUGCCUGCCACCAGGCUGGUCUCACAUUCUCGGCUGUCCACGAUUCAUUCUGGACACACGCCGGCGACGUCGAUUCGAUGAACUAUAUUCUCCGAGAGGCCUUUGUCCGCAUGCAUUCCGAUGAUGUCAUCAAGAGACUGCACUCUGAGUUCCAAGUCCGUUAUGGCAACAAUUUGUUCCUUGCAAAGGUUGAUGCAACCAGCAAGAUCGGACGGGCAAUCCGCGCCAUGCGUCGCACGACUGCGAAGUCAGCCAAGAUCCAGGAGCUCCUAGACGAGUAUAAGAGGCAGACUCUCUUGAAGUCAGACGAUCCAGAGUUGCAGGCCCAGGGACGCGAGAUGAAGACGGCAGGCAGUGUCUUCGAGGAGAUGGGUGGAAAUGAUAGUGACCUCGCCAUCGCAAGUUCACUCGGUGAGACCGUCGUCGGUCAUGUUCCCGAAGAUUUGGAGUCGGCUGAACGGAAGCCCUCCGGGAUAGACAUGGACGCAUCUGAUCCUGCGAUUGAGACCUUGUUCUCAUCGGACUUUGAAACGCUUGGGUCGAAAACCAAUGAUAUCGAAGAUGCCGCUGAGGCCACUCCCGACGAACCGCAGGACCAGGCAGCAGCGCCCAAGAAGAAGAAGCAGAGUAAGAACUAUGUGUGGUUCUGGCUGCCCUUGCGGUUCCGCGAAGUCCCCGCCAAGGGAGAGUGGGAUCUGACACGGAUCCGAGAGAGUCAGUAUUUCUUUUCAUAAACUGACAGCCUGUCGACAUUUUAGACGCAUUGGGAUGGCGUUGUACAAUUUGUGUUUUGGAUUUGAAGCCAAAAAGUUGAUAUCUAUUCUUCCCCCGGCGUUGUUUUCUAUAUCUUUGUGGUUCCCUUGUGUACAUCUACCAUUGGCCUGCACCCCUCUCCGAGCAC